GUGGUAACUAAUACUCCACAAACCAAAUCAAAGCUAGAUGGAAAGGAUUAGAAAUCCCUAUGACCCUAAAAUAAGAACAAGCUUGGCGCGCAAAACAAAAAAUAUCAGCCGAAGCCAUAAACCCUAGGGUUUUAGAUUUUCUGGACAACAAUUCGUCAAUUCCAUUCCCUUUCAUCUUCCUCUACUCAUGGAAUGAACACCCAUUCCUUCAAUCUCCAACUGUAUCCUCCAAACCCUACAUCAAUGGCGUUUUCUGCUGUUGGACUUCGCCUAUUCCGCUGCUACAACAACCAACAAGGGUGGUCUCCGACUUUUUCCAAGCUUCGGCCUUUGUCGGAUCUCCAUUUCUUCUCCACUUCUACUCCUCGUCGUCCGACGAUUCAAGCUAAGCGGAAAAAAGAGAGAGAAGUAAGAGCAGUGAACGGUGAAGACGUCAAUGGCAGUUUAUCCCUCAAAGAUAGGGAUUCCAGCAAUGAGAGAAUUGUUCCUACUGAACUUCACAAGGAAGCUACUGAGGCGUAUAUGGCGUAUGCUAUGUCUGUUUUGCUCGGACGAGCUUUGCCUGAUGUUCGUGAUGGGUUGAAGCCUGUUCACCGCAGAGUUCUAUUUGCUAUGCAUGAAUUAGGAAUUUCUUCCAAGAAGCCUUUCAAGAAAUGUGCUAGAGUUGUUGGAGAGGUCUUGGGGAAGUUUCAUCCACAUGGAGAUGUUGCUGUCUACGAGUCAUUAGUGCGCAUGGCACAGGAUUUUUCUUUGAGGAGCCCACUCAUUCAAGGACAUGGAAACUUUGGUUCACUUGAUGCCGAUCCUCCUGCUGCAAUGCGAUACACAGAAUGUAGACUAGAAGCAUUAACUGAAGCAAUGUUGUUGGCUGAUUUAGAGCUAGAUACGGUAGAUUUUAUUCCUAACUUCGAUAACUCACAGAAAGAACCAUCAGUUCUUCCUGCUCGUAUUCCAAAUAUAUUGUUGAAUGGCUCUUCAGGAAUUGCGGUAGGAAUGGCUACUAAUAUCCCUCCACAUAAUCUUGGAGAGUUGGUUGAUGCACUUUCUGUGUUAAUUCACAAUCCAGAAGCAACACUUCAAGAGCUGUUGGAGUCCAUGCCAGCGCCUGACUUUCCAACUGGGGGUUUGAUAAUGGGUAAUCUUGGAAUUCUUGAGGCAUAUAAAACUGGGCGAGGACGCGUUGUCAUAAGAGGAAGGACAGAGAUAGAAUCGUUUGAUUCUAAAACUAAACGUACAACUAUUAUCAUAAAAGAGAUUCCAUAUCAGACAAACAAAGCCACCCUAGUUGAGAGGAUAGCGGAGCUUGUUGAAAAUAAGAGUUUAGAAGGAAUAAGUGACAUCCGUGAUGAAAGCGAUCGUUCAGGGAUGCGCAUUGUAAUUGAGUUAAAGCGGGGAGCUGAUCCUUCUAUUGUCUUAAAUAAAUUGUACCGUCUUACUGCGCUUCAAUCCAGCUUCAAUUGCAACAUGGUGGGGAUUCUUAAUGGACAACCAAAACAGAUGGGCUUAAAAGAGCUACUUCAGGCAUUCCUUGAUUUUAGAUGCUCAGUAAUUGAAAGGCGUGCUCGGUUUAAGCUUUCACAAGCACAGGAUAGACAACAUAUUGUGGAGGGUAUCAUUGUGGGGCUAGAUAAUUUAGAUGAAGUUAUUCAAUUGAUCAGGAAAGCAUCAAGCAAUACUAUGGCAUCAACAGAUCUGAUGAAAAAUUACAGUUUGUCCCAGAAACAAGCUGAUGCCAUAUUGGAUAUAAACCUAAGAAGGCUUACAGCUAUGGAGAGAAAAAAAUUUGUUGAUGAGGGUAAAUCUUUGAUGGAACAUAUUUCUAGACUUGAAGAUCUUUUGUCGAGCAAGAAACGAAUUCUUCAGUUAAUUGAACAAGAGGCGUUUGAACUGAAGAACAAGUUUGCAACUCCUCGGCGUUCCAUGUUGGAAGAGGGUGAAGGAGGUCAGGUUGAGGACAUUGAUGUGAUUCCCAAUGAUGAGAUGAUUUUGGCUGUCAGUGAAAAAGGUUAUGUUAAGAGAAUGACACCCAACACAUUUGUUGCUCAAAAUCGUGGUACUAUCGGAAAAUCAGUUGGUAAAAUGCGGAUGAAUGACAUGAUGUCUGACUUUCUUGUCUGCCAUGCUCAUGACCAUAUACUCUUCUUCAGUGACAAGGGUACUGUCUACUCUACUCGUGCAUAUAAAAUUCCUGAAUGUACUCGAACAGCUGCUGGAACACCAUUAAUUCAGAUAUUGUCCUUGUCUGAUGGUGAAAGAAUAACAUCCAUCAUACCUGUGAGUGACUUUGUUGAUGAUCAGUACCUGGUGAUGCUUACAGCCAACGGGUAUAUCAAGAAAGUAUCAUUGAAUUGUUUCUCAUCAAUCAGAUCAACAGGAAUUAUAGCUAUACAACUGGUUCCGAGUGAUGAGUUGAAAUGGGUGCGAUGUUGCACAAAACAUGAUCUUAUUGCCAUGGCUUCCCAAAAUGGAAUGGUUAUUCUUAGUGCUUGUGAUACUAUUCGAUCUUCUGGAAGAACUGCAAGAGGUUCAAUAGCCAUGAGGCUUAAAGUUGGGGAUAAAAUGGCAAGCAUGGAUAUCAUACCUGCGGCUCUCCGGAAAGAUUUGGACCAAGAGGUUGAUGAACAUGGUAUUUGGAAGAAGGGAAUCAGAGGUCCCUGGCUACUCUUUGUUUCUGAAAGUGGCUAUGGGAAGCGUGUAUCACUGAGCAGAUUCCGUUUGUCAGGGUUGAAGAGGGUUGGUUUGAUUGGCUAUAAAUUUGCAUCCGAAGACCGCUUGGCUGCUGUUUUUGUGGUGGGCUAUUCACUCUCAGAAGAUGGAGAAAGUGAUGAGCAUAUCAUCCUGGUUAGCCAGAGUGGGACUAUCAACAGAAUAAAAGUUCGAGAUAUCUCGAUCCAAAAUCGCUAUGCCAGGGGCGUCAUUCUCAUGCGGCUCGAUUAUCACGGAAAGAUCCAGUCAGCAUCGUUAAUUUCUUCGGCAGAAAAUGAAACUGAUGAAAAUGAAGCUACAGAGUGAGGCAAAUAUUUUGAACCCAAUCACUGGGACUAGGUGAAGGCUGAAAAAUGUGCAUGUGUUAUAUGGAAAAGGAUAUUCCAUUUAUGUACAACAUGUAUAUAAAUUUUAAGAAAUUGACAUUCCAUUUUGCAGUGUUUUUAAACCUCCAUUAUCGGCCUAAUCUAUUUAUGUUUGCUUAAAAACAAA